UGCCCAACUACAUUUUUUUUGUUAGAACUCCAAGGUCCAAGGAUGUAAUCAUUACUGUACGCAUUAACUCAUAUCUCAAGUUCUCAAAUGAAGUCAAAAUUAAAUGUAUUAUAACUAUAAUAUUACCUGUUGAAUUGUAGUUUAGUAUUCAUUAUUCUCGAUUCUCUUGUGCACGAUGUUUAAAAUAUGUGUUAAUUUUUUUUGAAUGAUAUUAAAUAAACAGCUAUAUUGUUCUGUUAUUUUUUAUUUUAAUAUGCAUAUCUUACUAAAAUUCAUUUUAACAGCAUUUUGUCUAGCCUCAUUGUGUGGAAGUUAUGAACUUAACAAGGUAAACACAAAAUGUAAUAUUCCAUUGGUAAUUCGUGGGCAGUGGUAUUCUUGGGAAAAUGGACACAGUACAACAACAGAAAUUGAUGCGACAAGUAUGUCUAAACGAGGAAAUUGCAUUCGAUCAAUGGAAGAAAACCAGGUAAAUUUCACAUUUGUAUUUCAAAAGAGUGCUGGUGAUUGUUAUACUUGUGUCAAAUUUAUGGUUCGGACUGUUAAUGUAUUGGAUAAAAUGGAAAGUGUUUGUAUGACUUUAAAUCCUAAUGAGUAUGAAUCUCCUGAUAAAAUAUGUCAAUUCCAAGACACACAAAUACACACAUUAUUUUCGGAAAAUUAUAUACCUGUAAACUGUCGGUCCAGUCUUGAAGGAGUAUGGCAAUUUGCAUACCAGAACCGUUUUCGUUUUACUGGUGAAUGUAAUAAUCCUGAAGCACAAAUUAAAUCUUGUCAAACGGCAGGAACACAGUUUUUAAUAACUAAUCAAAAAUUUAAUAUAACGUACAAAAAAUGCCCUGGUAUGACAGGCACAUUUGAUGGAGUUGUUGAGUACAGUUGCUUAGGAGACUGGUUUGUAGACAAAAAUCAUUUCUUUGCUGUUGCUAAUACUAAAGAAUCUCGAAAAGAUGAAAAAUAUCGAUGUUUCUUAAAAAAUCGGGAUGAUGAUUUGUAUAUUGGUGUGUCAAUUACAGCAGAGUGCAAUACUCUUCAGACGGUAGAAAAAAGUCCAGAGAGAUUACAUAUAAACCCUGUGAAAGCUGAAGUUGUGGAGGCAGGUUGCCGACUACCCCAAAAUUUUAGUGGUGAUUGGGUAAAUACAGCCAAUAUGGAUGCUGAUGUAUUUAUUAAUGAAACUCAUGUAAUUGAAACAUGGUAUCCGGAUGAAGCACGAUUCAGAAGAACAAUAUAUGUAUGUCGUGAACAAAGAGGAUCUCGUUAUAUGAUGGCACGGCUCACUGUUGAUGGAUGCCAAAAGGAUUAUGUAUGUUUUGAUUUUGUACCCAGACAUCAUAAUAUUAUUCGUUAUAGAAGAGGUAUAGCUUUUAUUAGAGAUAACUUCCAUACUGUAUGCUCUUGGGUACAAUUUCCCAAUAAAGAUAAUUGGAAAUAUGAUAUUUUUGUCUCCAAAACUCCAGUUCCUAUUAGAUGUCCAGUGGCAGGUAAAUUCAACUUCACUCAACAGGGUGAUUUUUUGUUUGAAACUCGUAUUCUUGGUGGUGUUACAUUAUCACCUCGUCCACAAAUUACAUGCAAGGACAAGAUAUCAGAUUUUGCUGCUUGUGAUGGUGAUCAAAAAGAGAUUACAAUUGAUGAAUCAUUUUGCCUUGACGUGGAUCAUCGUGGACAGCCUGUAGACAUUUAUAGUGAUCCAGACUACCGAUUACAUUGCAUAGGUUACUGGAAGGAAAAUUUGAAGUCUUAUUUAGUGACAUAUGAUCCUCUUGACGCUGCUAGCAUGUACAGAUGCUGGGUGUAUCAACGAGCUGAUCUUAACCGUGUACUAAUGUCACAAGCUAUAGGAUCAUUUUGUGAUCUUAAACAAGAUGCAUUUAGUAAUAACUUUACAGAAGGAGCCACUGUUGCUAUUGAGAUGACAGAAUAUGAACGUGAAAGAGAUCAAUGUCCAAUGUAUUUUGAUGAUGGCGCUAAUCCAUGGAUUCAUUCAGACAACUAUAUACAAGUAUUUAAAUAUGGUCGAUCAUCUACAUUAAUUGUUUCAUCCAGUAUGCUCUCAGUUGCCGUUCUCUUUACCAUUCUGUUGUAAAUUUUAAUUGGUAUGUCUCGCCGAGCUAUAAUUUAUACUUCUAGUAGCUUUAUCACAUAGUUCAGAUAUAAUUAUUUAUUCAUUGUUUAUGUAAGAUAAUCAGUAUCUUUUUUAAAUAUUGAAAGUUAACUAUAAUAAUUGUAUACACACUUUUUGCUUGACUACCAAAAUAUUUUAAUUUUAAAAUUUCGAUUUUUGUUGCCAUGCCCUGCACUUAAUAUUAUUUCAGAACAUAAUUUCUGAUGAAGAGUAAUUUAGUAUAUACUGUAAUUUUGAUUUUGAGAUUACAUAAAUCAUUCCAUUAAUUUUUAUUAGAAUUCUGAUUAGUAAAUUCCAAUAAUUAAUCAAUUUAAUAAUCCUAUUACACGUGUAUACAGAAAUUAACAAUUUUAAAGUUUGUUAAAUCACAAAAUUGAAAAUAUAAAUACAUAAUAUAUUUAAUUACCCACAUAUUGUUGAUAAUAUGAUAGUUGUCUUGAGCUGUAGAGAUAACAUAUAAAAAUACGAACUUGUCUUGCGCGAUAUACGAUUUUACUUCACAUCUGUUUUUAAACAUUAUGUUUAAUAAUUGAGCGUUGCAAAUCAUAUGGUUAUUAUUAAUUUUAAUAUAUUUAAUGAUAAAGAACAAAAUGUAAUGAACAAAACUGACUGUUCAUUAUGUAAUUAUUGUUAUUCUGAUUGUAUAAAAUGUAGCUUAAAAUAUACAAUAACUUAGAUUUUACAAUAUUGAUUUUGUAUUGAUAAAAAUAAUUUUUUAUUAUAUUUUUAUGAAUAGUUAUUAAAAUUAAUUUACCUAUGUAUAAUAUUUUACAAUUUAUUAUAAGAAAUAUAAUUGUGAUAAUUACAAACGAUCCGUCCAAUUUUGUGUCCAUUACAUAGUAAAUUGUAUAAUAAAAAAAUUACGUUUAAUACAUUUAUUUUUAUACAAAAGUUAUUUUUUAUAAAUUUUAAAUUUAUUUAAUUUUAGCUGUUAUGAAUAUAUUUAGUAACACUAUAUUUUUUAAAAAGUAUGCAAAAUAAUUGGUUUUUAUAAAUUACAUACCAUUUUGAUGAUGGGAACUAAAUUCUAAUUUUAUAUAACAUUUGUAUGUAAUUAUUUUUAUUUAAAAACAUAAUUAUAAUUGAUUCUUUUUAUUAUUA